AUGGGCGACGAAAGCCACCCGAAAACUCUCUACGUCGGUAAUUUAGACGCGACUGUGUCAGAAGAAUUUUUAUGCGCGUUAUUCGGGCAAAUAGGUGAGGUAAAAGGUUGUAAAAUAAUACGUGAACCAGGCAACGAUCCGUAUGCAUUCCUCGAGUUCACAAAUCAUACGUCGGCGGCUACGGCCCUGGCCGCCAUGAACAAACGAGUAUUUCUUGACAAGGAAAUGAAGGUUAACUGGGCUACGAGCCCGGGUAAUCAGCCUAAGACGGACACAAGCAACCAUCAUCACAUAUUCGUCGGUGACCUAUCGCCAGAGAUAGAAACACACAUUCUACGUGAUGCUUUCGCUCCCUUUGGUGAGAUUUCGAAUUGUAGAAUAGUGCGAGAUCCACAGACACUCAAGUCUAAGGGUUACGCGUUUGUGUCAUUUGUGAAAAAGGCAGACGCAGAAGCUGCCAUUCAGGCUAUGAACGGACAGUGGCUAGGCUCGCGCUCUAUACGUACCAAUUGGUCGACACGUAAGCCCCCAGCCAAAGGAACCAACGAAGGAGCACCGACCAGCAAGCGAGCGAAGCAGCCCACAUUUGACGAGGUUUACAACCAAAGCUCACCCACAAACACGACAGUAUACUGUGGAGGUUUCACUAGUAACAUUAUUACGGAGGAUUUAAUGCAGAAUACAUUUUCACAAUUUGGUCCAAUACAAGACAUACGUGUGUUCAGGGAUAAGGGUUUUGCGUUUAUUAGAUUUACAACUAAGGAGGCAGCUGCCCAUGCCAUAGAAGCGAUUCAUAACUCAGAAAUUAGCGCACACACAGUUAAAUGUUUCUGGGGUAAAGAAAACGGAGGAAAUGAAAGUCAGAGUACAAGCAACACUCCGACGGCACCACCAUCAAUGGGAGCACAAACGCAAUACCCAUAUCCAUAUCAACAAGGCAUGAGCUACUGGUAUCCUCAGGGAUACCCUGCGAUACAAGGUUACAUGGCGCCUGGUUAUUACCAGCAGUAUGCUGCAUACAGCAACCCUCAAGCAGCGGCAGCCGCGGGCUACCGCAUGAGCAUGCCGGGCGGCGCAAACGCAGCGAGCGGCACUUGGAGUGGCGCGCCGCAGCCUGUGAUGUACGCGUCUGCGAUGCCCUCCGCGCAGUACCCCUCCCAGUAG